CCCGCCAAGCCACUCACUGCUCGGCUCGACUCCUCCUGCUAGCUCGCCCGUAUCCAGCUCUACCUUCGCCGGCGGUGGCGGCGGUGAUCGGUGGUCCUCGAUCGAUGCCGCCGCCGCUCCCGUGGCGGCGCCUCGUCGUCCCGCUCCUCGCCGUCGUCUCCGUGCCUUUCGUUCUCCCGCUCGCACUCCCGUUCCUCCUCCGCUCCUCCUCCUCUCGCCAGCCGCUCUCCGUCCACCGCCUCGACUGGCUCCCUCCUCUGUCCCCGCUGCCUCGCACCCCGGAUCCAUCAACUCCGCCGCCGCCGCCAUUGACGCUCCCGUUGGCGCCACUGACCACUCCGCCGCCGCCGCCGCCAUCGACUCUCCCGAUGGCACCACCAACGAGGUCGUCGCCGGCCGCUUCCCCGCCGCCUCCCGAGAAGGGCGAGGGUGGAGGAACGACAUGCGACUUGUACGAUGGGGAGUGGGCUCGCGACGAGGCGGCACGGCCGCUGUACGCGCCGGGGACGUGCCCCUACGUCGACGAGGCGUACGCCUGCGCGUCGAACGGCCGGCCGGACGCCGCGUACACGCGGUGGCGAUGGGCGCCGCGGCGGUGCCGCCUCCCCAGGUUCAACGCGACGGAUUUCCUGGCGACGCUGCGGGGCAAGCGGCUGAUGCUCGUCGGCGACUCCAUGAACCGGAACCAGUUCGAGUCCCUGCUCUGCAUCCUCCGCGAGGCCAUCCCGGACAAGACGAGGAUGUUCGAGACCCACGGCUACAGGAUCAGCAAGGGCCGCGGCUACUUCGUCUUCAAGUUCGUGGAUUACGACUGCACUGUUGAGUUCGUGCGAUCGCAUUUCCUUGUCCGGGAAGGCGUGCGCUACAAUCGGCAGAAGAACUCCAACCCGAUCCUCCAGAUUGACCGGAUCGACAAGUCGGCGAGCCGGUGGAGGAAGGUCGAUGUCCUCGUCUUCAACACCGGCCACUGGUGGACGCACGGCAAGACGGCGAGAGGCAUCAACUACUACAAGGAAGGCGACACGCUGUACCCACAAUUCGACUCGACUGAAGCUUACAGGAGAGCUCUCAAGACCUGGGCUCGCUGGAUCGACAAGAACAUGGACCCGGCCAAGAGUGUCGUCUUCUACCGAGGCUACUCCACUGCACAUUUCAGGGGAGGGGAGUGGGAUUCGGGUGGGUCGUGCAGCGGGGAGAGGGAGCCGACGCUCAGAGGGGCGGUGAUCGGCAGCUACCCGCGGAAGAUGAGGAUCGUGGAGGAGGUGAUCGGGAGGAUGCGGUUCCCGGUGCGGCUGCUCAACGUGACGAAGCUGACCAACUUCCGCAGGGACGGCCACCCGUCGGUGUACGGCAAGGCGGCGGCGGGGAAGAAGGUGUCGAGGAGGAAGCAGGAUUGCAGCCACUGGUGCCUCCCCGGCGUGCCGGACGCGUGGAACGAGCUGAUCUACGCGUCCCUCGUGUUGGAACCCAAGCCCAGAUCAUGGAAACACCACUAGUACACUACUUCAGUUUCUUUUUGUGUUUGUUUCGGUUUGAGCAGUUGAGCUGAUGCGCAAACUGAAAAUGUGCUUGAUGUUUGCUCAAUUGAGGACAGGAGGUUUUGCCUUGCUUUUUGAGAUGCAAAAGUCUUCCUCCUAAUUUUUUUUAAACGCCA